AUGGAUAGAUGCAAACAUGUAGGGCGGUUGCGGCUCGCCCAGGACCACUCCAUCCUGAACCCUCAGAAGUGGUGCUGCAGGGAGUGCACCACCACCGAGUCCGUGUGGGCUUGUCUCAAGUGCUCCCACGUGGCCUGCGGCCGGUACAUUGAGGAUCACGCCCUUAAACACUUUGAGGAGACUGGACACCCCCUAGCCAUGGAGGUCCGGGAUCUCUACGUGUUCUGUUACCUGUGCAAGGAUUAUGUACUCAAUGAUAACCCGGAGGGUGACCUGAAGCUGCUGAGAAGCUCCCUUUUGGCCGUCAGGGGCCAGAAGCAGGACCUGCCGGUGAGGCGCGGGCGGACGCUGCGGUCCAUGGCCUCGGGUGAGGACACGGUCCCGCCGCAGCGCGCCCCUCAGGGACAGCCGCAGAUGCUCACGGCUCUGUGGUACCGGCGCCAGCGCCUGCUGGCCAAAACCCUGCGGCUCUGGUUCGAGAAGAGCUCCCGCGGCCAGGCGAAGCUGGAGCAGCGGCGGCAGGAGGAGGCGCUGGAGCGCAAGAAGGAGGAGGCGCGGCAGCGGCGGCGCGAGGUGAAGCGGCGGCUGCUGGAGGAGCUGGCCAGCGCUCCUCCGCGCAAGAGCGCGCGGCUGCUGCUGCACGCGCCCCGCGCCCCGGCCCCGCGCCCCGCCUCGCCGCGCGCGCCCGCCGGGGGCCGUCUCAAGCCGCGCCGCGCGCCCGCGGUGGCGCCGGGCGUCACGGGCCUGCGCAACCUGGGCAACACCUGCUACAUGAACUCCAUCCUCCAGGUGCUCAGCCACCUCCAGAAGUUCCGAGAGUGUUUUCUGAACCUCGACCCUUCCAAAACGGAACACCUGUUUCCCAAAACCGCCAACGGGAAGGCUCCACUGUCGGGCCGGCCGGCCAGCACCUCGGCCACCGAGCUGUCUCCGAGGAGCGACAGGGCUGAGUCGUGCGAGCGGGAGGGCCUCUGCUUGAACGGCGGGGCCUCCAUCAGCAGGAGCCUAGAACUCAUCCAGAACAAGGAGCCGAGCUCGAAGCACAUUUCCCUCUGUCACGAACUGCACACCCUCUUCCGAGUCAUGUGGUCUGGGAAGUGGGCCCUGGUGUCGCCCUUCGCCAUGCUUCACUCGGUGUGGAGCCUGAUCCCCGCCUUCCGCGGCUACGACCAGCAGGACGCGCAGGAGUUUCUCUGCGAGCUGUUGCACAAAGUGCAGCAGGAACUCGAGUCCGAGGGCACCACGCACCGGAUCCUCAUCCCCUUCUCCCAGAGGAAGCUCACCAAACAGGUCUUAAAGGUGGUGAAUACCAUAUUUCACGGGCAGCUACUCAGUCAGGUCACGUGUGUAUCAUGCAAUUACAAAUCCAAUACCAUUGAGCCCUUUUGGGAUCUGUCCCUGGAAUUCCCUGAACGCUAUCACUGCAUAGAAAAGGGGUUUGUCCCUUUGAAUCAGACAGAGUGCCUGCUCACUGAGAUGCUGGCCAAGUUCACAGAGACAGAGGCCCUGGAAGGGAGAAUCUACGCUUGUGACCAGUGUAACAGCAAACGACGAAAAUCCAAUCCAAAACCCCUUGUUCUGAGUGAAGCUAGAAAGCAGUUAAUGAUCUACAGACUACCUCAGGUCCUCCGGCUGCACCUUAAAAGAUUCAGGUGGUCUGGCCGUAAUCAUCGAGAGAAGAUUGGGGUCCAUGUCGUCUUUGACCAGGUAUUAACCAUGGAACCUUACUGCUGCAGGGACAUGCUCUCCUCUCUUGACAAAGAGACCUUUGCCUAUGAUCUCUCCGCAGUGGUCAUGCAUCACGGGAAAGGGUUUGGCUCAGGACACUACACAGCCUAUUGCUACAACACAGAGGGAGGUUUUUGGGUCCACUGCAAUGACUCAAAGCUGAAUGUAUGCAGUGUCGAGGAAGUGUGCAAAACUCAAGCCUACAUCCUUUUUUACACUCAAAGAACAGUUCAGGGCAAUGCAAGAAUCUCAGAAACCCAACUCCAAGCUCAGGUGCAGUCCAGCAACAACGAUGAGGGCAGACCACGGACCUUCCCCUGAAUGGGAGGCACGUAUCAAGGACUGGCUUGCUUUUAAACUAUUGGUGUCCAUACAUCUUUCCUCUUAUAGGAAAUAAGGUUUACUGCAGGAACAGAUUACUAGGUUUGCCUCACUGGGUCUAGAGCAGAAGGUGCCAGGUGACUCGUGUUCUAUCAUAAAAUUUGUAGUCUCUUUUGAAUGCAUUUGGAAAUUCUCUCCUUUGAUAAAACAAAUCAAAAGGAGUAAUUUCUAUGAAGAUUCUCUCACCAGUUGCUUUUGAAUAUAGAGGGGUCUGGGUGGAAGAAAAAGGGUGUAAAUUGAUUAUACCAGCCAGGAGAGCAGCCAUGUUUUCUUUCCAUUCUGUGAUUCCCCUGCUAAUCAGGACCUGCUUACAGCUCCAGAAGAACCCUCCUGAUGUGAGAAGCCCUGGACAGAGCACGUGAGGAGGGGCCCUGGGCUGGCAGCUUGCUGGAUGGGAUUGGUUCCAAGGCGGGAGGUGAAGUCUAAGGAUUUGUUCCUACAAAGGAAGUAACCCUCAAGGGUUGAAAACUUGCAGACUUCCUUUUUUAGGGGAUAGCGGUUGAAGAGUGGAAUGAGAUGCAAGAAGCAAAUUGCCCUGUGUAAAAUGGGAGGUUUUUCACGUGUCAGACCCUCCCUGGCUGCUGCUGUCAUUUAAUCAUUCCACGUCUUCUGAGACCGGCACGAACAUCCCUGCAUUCUAAGGAAGGAGCAGUUCAGAUGGGGAAGCAAUAAACUGGUACAUGACAUGUUCUUUGUUGCAAGCUUGAGCCUAAGGGCACUCCUGGCUACCCAGUUCUAUCCCUGGUUCAGGUCAGGUCAAGGUCUAGGGUUUGGUUUAAAUUGGUCUUUAGGUCAGCUGUCUGAGGCUUUCUCAGAACUCAGUUGAGGGUGGGCAGGGAUAGCCGGUGGUCUAGGGCUUAUGUGAAUGCCUAUCACCCAUUCUCAUCUUGGUGCAGCAUGCAGCUUUUUUUAGCCUGUAGCUUCUUUCUUGCACCUGGAGGGCUAGAAUAUUCUUGUUCACCACAGGUUUGGGAGCUUUUGCUUUCCUACGGCUUAGGAAUCUGCCCUUUAUAUUUCUGAGCAGUUUAUUGCUGAUGGCCCUGGCCUAUUUCCUCCCAAAUCUGAAAAUCCCUAGUGUUUCUUUACCCAACCACACUCAGUCCAUCAGAGAACAGCAAGAGUGCCCUGUCCUUUACUCCAGUGCUAGUAAAAUAUAUCUUUCUUUUAAAACUGGGUCAGUUUCUAAGUGGAAUGAAAUUGUCCCAAUGAAAACCCUCCUCCCCAUUGGGCACUACUGAAUUUCCCUUCUCAAUCCUUCACUUAGACUCGCCAGUAACAGUGAAUGCAAACCAUAACUCUCAUUGUCGGGGUUGCUGCAGUCGGCCUCAGCCUGUCACUAUGAAUGCUCAUCUUUUGACUGAGUAUAUCAUAACAAUAUUUCAAUUCAGGUAGAAGUACAGUUGUCACUUGAAGGGAGUAGAUGUGGAAGGGAGUUUGGGGAGGGGUGGGAAGUUGGGAAAAGAGGCUAAAGAUUAAGGGUCAUAGCUUUAGUGAUGUUGACGAGCCACAUUUCCCAAGCAGAUCUGUAGCAUCUCCUGUUGACCGCUUUUGAGAUGAACUCUCCCGUAGGACCUGCCAGAUAGCACUGAGACAUGGAGGAAAUUCAGACAGAAAAUGGCUCACCCUGAUAAGGAAGGGGGAGUGACUAUAUUUUAAAUUAAACUUGCUUUUUCCAACACUGUGAGGUUUCUGUAAUAUUUAGCUUUUAUUUGGAAGCGAUAGCGUAUGGCAUUUUUUAUGCUGUUUGGUUUAUAUUGUCUACUGCAGGCUUCUUUGUACAAGCUUGACCGGGGCUCACACUCUCCUGGACACUGUUUUAAAGUGUCAUAGCUGCCCAUGCUGCCAGAGGCUCUGAUGUGAAGCUGUGCUCUCUAGAUCCACAUUUUUAAGUCAACGUGAUUGGUGAUGACUUUCUGUGGCAACAGAAAAGCCCAUUAACUCAAAAAAACCAAGGAGAGUAAAAAGGAAAGGAAAAUAUAAACUGUGCGUCAUCUUUCAUUGAUUGCUAUAUUUAUUAUUCUAGGAAAAGAGAACUUACAAAUGGAGAACUAAUAGAGCAUCUACUUCAUCCCUCAGGCUAUCCAGGGGGAAAUACUUUAAAAAAAAUUUAAUGAAAAAUUAAAGAUCUUCAAAUUUAAUUUUAAAAAAUAGUUCUAUACCAAAUAUUAUAAGGAUUAUUAAGCAGAUUAAGGACUUUGUAAAAUAAGUGCUUAACUUAGUUGAGCACCCAUGUAUCAAAUUAAUAAAAUUGUUUAAAAUGAGUUGGAAUAAAAAUCAAUAUCAGAGUCCUCACUAAGCUGCACACUCUUGAAGGUGCCCCUGCAGUCACAGACACCUCAGGUACCCAGAGGCAGCAGCACUAGACGCUGUUGAAAAGUUAGUAUUUAUGGAGAUUUUUAUUAAGAGAGUUCCCUGCUGCAUAAGCCAAUGGCUGUUGUGAGGGAAGUGUCUCUUUGCCUUUAAUUUAUUUACAUAUUGGAAGUAGAUGAAUUUCUUAGUUGCGUCUUACUUUAGAUUGAAACAUUCUAAAGAGAAGAAAAUAAGAACCAGGUAGAAGUUCACUAGAUGCUGCCAAAUCACACCCAGGAUCUCCUAACUGAACCUUACGGGCCUGCUUCUCUCCCAGACAAGUAGUUAGAGUCCUGUUCCAGGAACCCUUUGCAGUUGGCUGGUGUGUUUACUUUCUGCUGUAACCAGCCAAGAUGAAUGCACCCUGGCCCUCAAAAAGGAUUUUUACCUCAGUCUAGCUUGACCCUCAUACUUGUGGUUGCCUGACGUGAGCAUCCAUGCUAGUGUAAAAAAAAUUAGGAAUGCCCUCAACAGCCAGGAACUGAAGCUCUUAUUAAAUGGUGGGCAGAGCUCUUACCAGCUUAGACCCAGCCCCCUGAGGCUGAGGGGGGCAGCGCCACACUGUAACGAAUUUCCAGAUGUCUCUUAAAAUGUCAUGAAUAAAAUUGGAAACUGUAGAAGUGUUAAUGUGUCCUAUGGACUCAAUAGCAGAGUUUAUUUUUGUUUUUAAUGGCAAGGCUUCUCGAGUCAAUGAUUGUAUGAGUUCCCUACUCUGGCUAUGCUUACCAUUCCAUCCAAGUGCAAGAACUGAUGAGGUGGGUUGGCUGGCCGUGGGGCAUGGCCCCAGCCAGGCCCCAGCAUAAGCCCCAGAGAGGUCGACAGUAGUGCAGAAUGAAAACUUGGUUGG